UUAGUUUUAUAUUUUCUGAAUGUUAAAAAAAACGGGAGAUGAAAUUAAAAAUUUAAUUAGAUUUUUGACAUAAAAUUUUGGAAUGUUAAGGAAAUUGAUAUUGCAAAAAAAAUUUACACCGAUUUAUCAGCAACGCAUAUUUUUUUCAAAUCAUAACAAAAAAAAUUUGGAAGAUGUAAAAAAUGAAAUUGAAGUAUCCAAAAGAGAGCUAAAUUGGCGUCCAAAGCCUAGUGAAAAUCCUGGUGCUUGGAAUAGUAAAUUUAAAUUGUUUGGUAAUGAAGAUCAAACAUCAGACUUUAUCACAUUAAUGCAACAACCAAUUGAUUUAAGUCCAAAAUCAAUUAAAAACUGGUGGGAUAAAAGAAAUGAAAAUAUAGAAAGGCAUAUGCAAAGCUUUAUUCCAGAAAGGCAUCAAAUAUUAGGAAGUGAUUUGGCGACAGCACAUUUCGUUGUUUUCCGAGGAGGAGCUGUAAAAUUCUUAAACAACCCCCAAUGGGUUCGGAAAGAUGAUGAAGGAAAUUUUAAUUUACCUAAUAAAUAUAUUCCCGCAUUCAAAUUAGAAGCAAUAAAAUGUGAUAAUAUGGUUUUAUAUUAUGAAGGUUUAGAAAAUAUUCGCCGGUUACAAAAUUUAAAAUUUCUAUCGUUUAUAAAUGUGAAAACAUUCGAUGACUGGUGCUUAGAUCGUGUUUCUGGAUCAGAGAACCCGAUAUUAGAAGUUUUGGAUUUGACUGGCACUAAUAUCACCUAUAGGGGAUUGAGUUGCAUCUACAGGCUUACAAACCUAAAAGUGCUUGUCAUAGAUGAUCCAAAAUCUUCAAAAGAGAUGGAACUAACUUGUGCAUUAUUAGAAGUUGACAACCAUAAAUUAAAAGUGUAUGCGUCUAGUGAAAUACAUAAUUAAUAAAAAAAAACAUGUUAUUUAUCAAGAAAGUACUAAUUAUCUAGGUACAAUAAAUUUACACAAUUUUCA